AUGCUGAACCAGCACGACCGCAGCAUGCAGACGAUCACCAAUAAUCUCCACCAGCUGAUGAUUGCCAUGCAGUGCCGGGUGGACACCCGACCAGCCCCGGCAGUCGGCGGAGCAGAGGCUGCGGCAGCGGCAUCUCCAUGGAGUGACACAGCCAGAAACUUGCGUCUCACUCUGGGAUCGGAGAAAGGAGGAAUUUUUGAAAAGAGCAAGCUGCAGUCGGUGGAUCCGAUCCGUUCCUCCCCAUCUGGCAUUCCUGUGUCCCGCCGCCCCCCCCCAUAUUGUUUCCUCGCCACCCCCGCCACAUCCUUUCCUCGCCACCCCAGCCACAUCCUUUCCUCGCCACCCCCUCCACAUCCUUUCCUCGCCACCCCAGCCACAUCCUUUCCUCGCCACCCCCUCCACAUCGUUUCCUCGCCACCCCAGCCACAUCCUUUCCUCGCCACCCCAGCCACAUCCUUUCCUCGCCAACCCCUCCACAUUGUUUCCUCGCCACCCCAGCCACAUCCUUUCCUCGCCACCCCAGCCACAUCGUUUCCUCGCCACCCCUCCACAUCCUUUCCUCGCCACCCCAGCCACAUCCUUUCCUCGCCGCCCCCUCCACAUCCUUUCCUCGCCACCCCAGCCACAUCCUUUCCUCGCCAACCCCUCCACAUCGUUUCCUCGCCACCCCAGCCACAUCAUUUCCUCGCCAUCCCAGCCACAUCGUUUCCUCGCCACCCCCUCCACAUCGUUUCCUCGCCACCCCAGCCACAUCCUUUCCUCGCCACCCCCUCCACAUCCUUUCCUCGCCACCCCCUCCACAUCCUUUCCUCGCCACCCCCUCCACAUCCUUUCCUAGCCACCCGAGCCACAUCCUUUCCUCGCCACCCCCUCCACAUUCUUUCCUCGCCACCCCAGCCACAUCCUUUCCUCACCACCCCCUCCACAUCCUUUCAUCGCCACCCCCUCCACACCCUUCCUCGCCACCCCCUCCACAUCCUUUCCUCGCCACCCCAGCCACAUCCUUUCCUCACCACCCCCUCCACAUCCUUUCAUCGCCACCCCCUCCACACCCUUCCUCGCCACCCCCUCCACAUCCUUUCCUCACCACCCCCUCCACAUCCUUUCCUCGCCACCCCCUCCACAUCCUUUCCUCGCCACCCCCUCCACAUCCUUUCCUCGCCACCCCCCUCCACAUCCUUUCCUCGCCACCCCUCCACAUCCUUUCCUCGCCACCCCAGCCACAUCCUUUCCUCGCCACCCCCUCCACAUCCUUUCCUUGCCAACCCCUCCACAUCCUUUCCUCGCCACCCCAGCCACAUCCUUUCCUCACCACCUCCGCCACAUCCUUUCCUCGCCACCCCUCCACAUCCUUUCCUCGUCACCCCCUCCACAUCCUUUCCUCGCCACCCCAGCCACAUCCUUCCCUCACCACCCCCCCGCCACAUCGUUUCCUCGCCACCCCUCCACAUCCUUUCCUCGCCACCCCCUCCACAUCCUUUCCUCACCACCCCCGCCACAUCGUUUCCUCGCCACCCCCUCCACAUCCUUUCCUCGCCACCCCCUCCACAUUCUUUCCUCGCCACCCCCCUCCACAUCCUUUCCUCGCCACCCCAGCCACAUCCUUUCCUCACCACCCCCGCCACAUUGUUUCCUCGCCACCCCCUCCACAUCCUUUCCUCGCCACCCCCUCCACAUCCUUUCCUCACCACCCCAGCCACAUCCUUUCCUCACCACCCUUCGCCACAUCCUUUCCUCUCCACCCCCUCCACAUCCUUUCCUCGCCACCCCCAGCCACAUCCUUUCCUCACCACCCCCCGCCACAUUGUUUCCUCGCCACCCCCUCCACAUCCUUUCCUCGCCACCCCCUCCACAUCCUUUCCUCGCCACCCCAGCCACAUCCUUUCCUCACCACCCCAGCCACAUCCUUUCCUCACCACCCCCGCCACAUCGUUGUCUCGCCACCCCCUCCACAUCCUUUUCUCACCAGCCCCUCCACAUCCUUUCCUCGUCCACCCCAGCCACAUCCUUUCCUCACCACCCCAGCCACAUCCUUUCCUCACCACCCCCGCCACAUCGUUUCCUCGCCACUCGCAGACAGAGAACACCAAACGUGCCCUCGCUACAAUAGAGUAA